AUGCCCGCAAACGUGUGUACUAUCUCUAUUUCUUAUAUCAUAUCAUUUCAGGAAGUUGAUGAUGAUCCUACCACGGAGCGCUACAUACAGGCGGUCGAAGCUACUGAGGGGCCGUUCAUCCGAUGCCAUUUUAACACAAUUUUACCGCCAGCAAGCCAGGCUUGGGGCUACAUCGAUGCUGAUCCAAAUGAACCUAUGAACGAACAACUCGGUUUCCUUGCAACUUUUCAGGAUGGCACGGAUAUUCGCGACAAGUUUUCUGUAUAUGAUGGGCCGGCCCGUAUUGUCGAUGUGUUUCCGAGGAGGCGCACCUUCCCUUUCCAAUUCAGUCGCCCUGCGCAGUCGGAUCCUGAUGCGGAAGCACAGGCAGAUGCCAGCAGGCAUGACAACAGCCCUUCGCGCAAACGUGAAAGAAAGUCGUAUCCUGACGACUCCCACUCUAGACCUGCGAAGAAGUCCAAGUGUCAGUGUAAAGUCCAUGCCGAGGCCGAGGCAGAAGCAGAUGAAUUCGCAAUGAAGGUAAUGAAGAAAGUGCGCUUCAAAUUGAUUUAG